AAAUAAACAUCUCCCCGGCCGGCCGGCCGGCCGCGGGCUCCCUGCCGCCAGUCGCUCAGACGGUCUCCGAGUGUAGCCCCGGGCGGUGCGUGUCGCGCGGGGUCGGUCACCGGCGCGGAUAGCCUGAGCGGCUGUGGCUUGGGCAGUGCGCAGAGCCAGAGCGAUGGGUCGGACCGGCACACGGAGAACGGGAGGGCUGCUGCUGCUCGUGGUGAUGCUGAUAAACAGCCUGCAGUCUGCGUCCGCUCGUACCGAUGCCGAGAUAUUCGACAUGCUGGUGAAGGGCUACAAGCCGGAGGAAGCCCCCGACCGGUAUGGCGCCAAUGCGGGGUACAUCGAGGUGGGCGUCCGCGCCAUGCUGGAGUCCAUUGCCGUGGAUGAGAAGGGCUCGGCGGUGACGUUCCAGUGUCUCCAGCGGUUGACGUGGGACGACAUUCGUCUGAGGUAUCGUUCAGCCCCAGCGGCGGGCGGACUCGUCAUCUCACACGCCACCGCAGGGGUGCCGACUGCGCCCCGGAUAUGGCUGCCGUCGCUGAUGUACCCGCGAGCGCUGAUGGUCGACUUCGAUAACUCCAUGGAUAACUCGUUUUUGGUUCGACCAAAUGGCACCAUCACCUGGCAAAGAAGGGUCCACGUGAUGGUGCCUUGUGAAAUGCAGCUGGAUUCGUUUCCAUGGGAUGAAAACUCGUGUGUCUUCACGAUUCGGCAAGACCUGGACGGGGAGGUGCUGAUGCUCAACUGGACCAGGGUAGCCGGACGGCCCGUGCAGGCCGGACCGCACUUCAGCGUCACCAGCUUCGAGCUCACCUCUCUCGGCGUAUCGUCCUACACCGUCUCACCCAACGACAUCACAGGCGAAUCAUUACGCUCCAAGUCGCUGGUGAUGCGAGUGACGUUGAAGCGGCAGUCCGAUUAUUACGUCAUCAAUGACGUCAUACCCACCUCGAUACUGGUGGUGGCCGCCUACAUGACGUUCUGGCUCCCUCCAGAGGCGGUGAUGGUGCGCUCUUUGGUCAGCUCCUUCAUGCUGCUGGCCUGUUUCCUAGUAUCGGCCAUCACCGGUAGGGCGGCGCCACUGGCCACCUCGCUGACGGCACUGAACGUGUGGAACCUGGUGUGUCUGUUGCUGCUGCUGUGGCCGCUGGUGCAGAGUCUGGUCGUGUACCACAUGUCCCGGAGGCCGUCCGGAGGCGGCGGCAGCGGCUCCGGAGAGAGUGGAGGGGUCGGCGCUCUGCCCAAACUGAUGGAGCUCAACGGGAACGGAGAGGCAGACGUGGAGGCCAUCAGCCCGGACCCGUCGCUGCCGCCGCCUCCGGCCGAGGCUGAGCUGGGCCCGCUGCCGCCGCGCCCCGGUCUGCGUCCUCAGAUGGUGGACGUCGUCAGCCGGGUGCUCUACCUGCUGGCCUUCGUCGUCACGGCCAUUGUGUUCGGUGUGCUCUACUCGUGAGCCUGGAGGUGGGAGAGGUGCGGGGGUGACGGAACGGUGGCGUGUUUCGUGAGAGCGGCUCAGGAGGUGGAGCAGUGGUACCUAUGGUGUAGCCGUGUAGGAUGGUGAGUGUGGACUGAGGAAAUCAGCGAGGAAGUCUGGACGCUGGAGAGAGAUCAGUGACACAGUGAAGGUAUGACGAACGUGUGUACAUGUGUACAUAGGUGGCUAUUCAGUAGUCAUUAUAGAUAUGUUGAACGGUGACAACAAUUUGCAACAUGUUUCGAUGGCCUGUCGGUAAUACUCAGAUCAGCCACAGCGUUUACAUACAUUUUUAAACAAUAUGCAACGAAGAGAAAAAAAUGGUGUUCCAGUUUGGGUGUGCCUUUUUAUAAUAUGGAGUUAGUGCCAAAUUGAUGUGUGUGAUGUGAGCAUUAAUAUGUCAAACGCUAGCGUACACGAUACCGAUUGAAUGCGUAAUAAUAUGCCGGAGUGUGAUUUAUAAUAAGAUAUAUAUGUAGCCUAAAAAAGGCGCUGAAGCGGUUAUUCAGGCUCUGUUGACUUGGUUUAUCAGCUCCCAGUAGUCAAGAUAUUUAUGUAAUAAAUAGUUUGACCCGA